AUGCUGCUGAUAGCCAACCUGCUAUUUUUAUUGCUUCUGGCUGUGAGAGGGGAAAAGCCUGUGUGUCAAACAUAUGAAACAAAAGAGCUGUCUGGGUUUUCUAAGGAAGGAGACAUCAACAUUGGAGGCAUUUUCUCCUUCCACCAGAACCCAGUUACUGUCAAUCAAACUCUGGAAGUCAACCCUGGUGCAAUCCAGUGUGAAGGACUGGACCCAGGUGAACUUAAGUAUGCCUACACCAUGAUGUUUGCCAUUGAGGAAAUAAACAACAGCUCAGAGCUGCUGCCAGAUGUGACUCUCGGUUACAGGAUCUUUGACUCCUGCCCCAGUAUACCUCUGUCCAUCAGGGCAUCUUUAAAUCUGAUGAAUAGGUUUGAAAGUGGGGAAAGCAGCUGUGACAAAUUAUCCAGUGUGCAUGCUGUGAUAGGUGACACCACUUCCACCUCUACGAUAGAUAUUGCACGUACACUGGGACCCUUCCUUAUACCUGUGAUCAGUCAUUCAGCCACUUGUGCAUGUCUAAGCAACAGAAGAGACUAUCCCUCUUUUUUUAGAACUAUACCUACUGAUAUUUAUCAAAGCAAAGCACUUGCAAAGCUUAUGAAACACUUUGGCUGGACAUGGGUAGGUGCUAUCAGAACUAAUAAUGACUAUGGAAAUGAUGGCAUGGCCACUUUCUUGGAAGAAGCACAAAAGGAAGGUGUAUGUGUUGAGUACUCAGUGGCAAUUUACCGAACUGAUCCUCAGAAGGUAUUCCUAGAAGUGGUGGAAAUCAUAAAGAGAGCCACCUCUAAAGUAAUAGUUGCAUUUGCUGAUGGCACAGAUCUUGACAUACUUUUCCAGGAGCUUCAUGCUCAGAAUGUGACAGGCUUGCAGUGGGUGGGAAGUGAGGGCUGGAUUACAUAUCGCUUCAUUGCUUCUCCAGUAAACUAUGCUGUGGUUCAGGGAGCAGUGGGCUUUGCAACACUGAAUGCUCACAUCCCUGGACUGCAGGAGUUUCUCACCAACAGCAGGCCCUCCACCACACCUGGAAAUCAAGGACUUGUCGAGUUCUGGGAGACACUUUUCAGCUGCACGCUAUCUCCCGAACCAAACACUCAUGCUCAGGAUCCUGUGGCAACCUGCAAAGGAACAGAGACUCUCUGGAAUGUAAAGACACCAUUUAUUGAUGUUUCAGAUGCCAGCCUGCUGAAUAAUGUUUACAAGGCUACAUAUGCAGUUGCUCAUGCACUGAAUAUGCUAAUUAACUGUAAAAAUGGACAGGGGCCUUUUGAGAACAACACUUGUGCUGACAAAGAAAAUGUAGAACCAUGGCAGGUACUGCACUACUUAACACAAGUAAAUUUCACCACUAAGAUGGGUGAAAAUGUAUUCUUUGAUGAGUUAGGUGACCCUGUGGCACGUUAUGCACUGGUAAACUGGCAGAUGGAUAAGACAGGGUACAUACAAUUUGAAACCAUCGGUGAAUAUGACGCCUCCCAACCUGACGGUCAACAGUUUGAGAUGAAGGCAGGUGUAAAAGCAAUCUGGGCAGGAGAGAAUCUUAAGGUGCCAAGGUCCGUUUGCAGUGAGAGCUGUUUGCCAGGGAGUCGUCAGGCUUUCGUUAAGGGCAAACCUAUCUGCUGUUUUGAUUGCAUCACCUGUGCUGAUGGAGAAUUUAGCAACAGUACAAAUGCAGUAAAAUGUGACAAAUGCCCACCUGAGUACAAGUCCAAUGAAGAGAGGAAUAACUGUGACAUGAAAAUGAUCGAGUUUCUCACGUUCAAAGAGUUAAUGGGUGCACUGUUGAUCACCUUCUCUGUCUUUGGCGCCUGCCUUGCCUUGACUGUUGCCCUAAUAUUUUUCUACUACAGACAGACUCCUCUUGUGAGAGCCACCAACUCUGAGCUGAGCUUCCUGCUGCUGUUCUCCUUGAGUCUGUGUUUUCUGUGCUCUCUGACCUACAUCAGCCAGCCCUCUGAGUGGUCCUGCAUGCUGCGACACACAGCUUUUGGCAUCACCUUUGUCAUCUGCAUGUCGUGUGUACUGGGUAAAACUAUAGUGGUCUUAAUAGCCUUUAGGGCAACGCUCCCAGGAAGUAAUGUGAUGAAAUGGUUUGGGCCUGCACAGCAAAGACUCAGUGUUCUGGGUUUCACUUUCAUACAGGUUUUGAUUUGCUUACUUUGGCUGACAAUCAACCCUCCAUUUCCAUACAAAAACAGUCAAUAUUACAAAGACAAGAUUAUACUGGAGUGUGCCCUGGGGUCAUGGAUAGGGUUCUGGGCAGUGUUAGGAUACAUAGGCUUCCUGGCUAUGUUUUGUUUCAUACUUGCGUUUUUGGCCCGGAAGCUGCCUGAUAAUUUCAAUGAGGCUAAGUUUAUCACAUUUAGCAUGCUGAUAUUCUGUGCAGUCUGGAUCACCUUCAUUCCAGCUUAUGUCAGCUCUCCUGGGAAAUUUGCUGUUGCUGUGGAGAUAUUUGCCAUUCUGGCAUCAAGUUAUGGAAUUCUAUGCUGUAUUUUUCUCCCCAAGUGCUACAUAAUUUUGCUAAAACCUGAGAAGAACACAAAGAAACAUUUGAUGGGUAAAGGCACCUCAAGAUCCCUUUGAAAUGUUUGCUUAAACAUAACAGAAUUUUAAAAUGUUUGUCCUUUGUUAAGGCCUCUUAUUUAGUUUUGAUAUUUAGAAUAUAGCAAUAUUGGAUAAUGUGUCUCAGGUCACAAUGAAACUAUGGAAAAUGGUGC